AUAUUAAUGUCACUGUACUAAAUUACUGAACGUUUGUGAUGAAAUCCGAUAAACUUGGUUUAUUUGAUAACAAUUUAUCGUAAAUGGUUUGAAUUUGAAUUUCUGAUAGAUACUAACUGUAAAUAAUACAUUUAACAUAAAAUGUUAUAUUCGUGAAUUGCUUCUAAUAAAAAUGAUAGAAGGAAUCAUUUGUUAUUGUUCAUAGAAGUUUGUUUUUAGAAUAAUGGCAUUCUUGGUGCGAAAAUUGCGCCGAAGCUUUACUCAUAUAAUUCCACGUCUAUUUAUUGGUCUAGUUUUUAUUUACGUUUAUUGUGAAUAUUUAAUUUAUUAUGUUACUCAAAUUCAAUGUGGCUGGAUAAUGUUGAGUAAGGAGCCUAACGAUGCCGUUGAGCCUGUGUAUGCUAUGGUUAUAGCUGACACACAUCUCCUGGGUUCUCGGAAUGGACACUGGUUUGACAAAUGGCGGAGAGAGUGGCAGAUGCAUAGAGCAUUUCAGACAGCUAUGACUCUCCAUAAGCCAAAUGUUGUAUUUGUUUUAGGUGAUCUAUUUGAUGAGGGCAAAUGGUGUCCAGAAAAGGAGUUCAAUGACUAUGUUGAUAGAUUUUAUACAUUAUUCAAAGUUCCAGAUGGCACCGCAAUGUAUGCUGUUGUUGGAAACCAUGAUAUAGGAUUCCACUACAGUAAGAAGCUUGCAAGAGAAGUCAGAAUUGCUGGGCCAAUUAAAAGUGAUGUAUUUCGUAGGAUAACGCCACACCUCGCCAAAAGGUUCGAGAAUAAACUAAAGUCACCUCCAGUGCAAUUAGUUAGCAUCAGAGGGAAUCACUUUGUCCUUAUCAACUCAAUGGCGAUGGAAGGAGACGGGUGUAAUCUCUGCGCGCGUACUGUUGCCGAAAUAGCCAAUAUAUCAAACAUAUUGAAGUGCAGCAGUGGAUCUAGUUUAUGUAAGGGCAAAAAGAGAUUAGAACGUUAUAGCAGACCAAUUAUCAUGCAGCACUAUCCUCUGUACAGAGAAUCAGAUAGUGUAUGUACGGAGCCGGACGCGGCCCCAUUGCCUGAAAGAAAUGGUUUGUUCGAGGAGCGAUGGGACUGUCUUUCUAAGGAGUCCACAGAGUAUCUAGUCGAGAGUCUCCAUCCUCGAGCCGCCUUCGGAGCUCACACGCACCACAGUUGUGUUGUAAGACAUAGCUUCGUGCCCACUCCGGAUCACAAGAUCGAAUUUAUAGAGUACACGGUACCAUCCUUUUCCUGGAGAAAUAGAUUGGAUCCCAAGUAUUAUUUGUUGACAAUAUCACCAGAAGAGGUGAAGGUGUCUAAAUGCGGCAUGCCGCGCGAGUGGACGCUGCAGAUCACCGCCAUAUUGAUGACGCUCGCGCUCAUAGUCUACCUGAGAUACUACAUUAGCAUGGACACUCUUAGUUAUAACUACAAACAAUUAUCUGGAAAGAAAGUGUGAGACUGCUUAAAUGGUAUUUACCGAACGAUAUUAUGCUGAUGCCAUAGCCUAUGAUCUGAUACUAAUAUUUAUUAUUUAUUAAUAAAGAAGACUUUUAUCUA